AUGACAAUGGCUAAUGAUUUAUUAGACACUACCACAGUUACAAUAACAACAGAAGGAAGCAUAAUCACUACAACGGAAAAUCACACAACCACAACAGAAAGUCCCACAACAACAGAAAGUCCUUCAACAACAGAGAGUCCCACAAUAACAGAGAGUCCUACUACAACAGAAAGUUCCAUAACAAUAGAGAGUCCCACAACAACGGAAAGUUCUACAACAACAGAAAGUCCCACAACAACAGAGAGUCGUACAACAACAGAAAGUCCCACAUCAACAGAAAGUCCCACAACAACAGAAAGUUCCACAACAACAGCAGAAAACCCUACAACAACAGAAAUUCAAACAACAACAGCAGAAAGUCAAAAAUCAACAACCGAAAGUCCCAUAACAACAGAAAGUUCAACAACAGAAAGCCUUACAACAGAAAAUCCCACAAUGGAAAGUUCUAGAAUGACAACAAUGGAGAGAGGUACAACAAUAAAAGAAAGUUUCACAGCAACAGAACAUCCUACCAUUACAGGAAGUCAAACAACAAUAAUGGAAAGUAAACUAACAACAGAGAGUUCCACAACAGAAAUUCCUAUGACUUCGAUGGAAAGUUCCACAACAAAUGUGACCGAGGUAACAACAGGAUUUACAACCACAAAUCUAUCACCAUCUACACCAGAAGAAACUACGAAAGCAUCAACAACAGAAACAACAGCAGAAAGAUCUACUGCAACAACAAGCACUCAAGUGACAACUAAGACCACAGCAUCAGAAGCAGUAACACAGGGACCGAUAGCGCCUGAAUCACAGACCGGAACAGAUGCCAAGACAGAACGAGCCAUCACUGUAGUCGUGUCUGUAACCAUCGUUGGAAUCCUCAUGGCGAUACUAGCAAUCGUCUUUAAACGGAGAAAAAAGAUUCCGUUCAGAAAACAAAGGAACCCCAUUGGAAUUACUUACCGGCAUUUCAGCAGCGGUAUAAGCUCAAUUUACGACCAAAUUAUUCUGCCGGAAAUGGACUUACUGAAUUUCGAUUCAGAGAAAGAGGAUGCUGGAGACAUCAACGAAGUCGGAGCUUAUUAUCAGAAUGUGCAUACCGAAGUUGAAUCCGACAAUGGUAAUCUUGUGUCGACAGAAGAGCAAAAGGAACUAAUAAAUCAUGGAAGCAUAAAUCACGUGAUACAAAAUGGAGGGAAUACCAAGGAACACGCCGUCGAUACAAAUGGUCUGGACACUCUAGACAAAUGGGAUUAA